GCUUAAACUGCCGUGGACAUUGCUACGAUACAUUAAAAAGUCAAAACAAAAUAAAGUGAAUUUUUUUAUACGUGUUUUUGGUUGAAUAUAUGUAUGUAUGUAUGGAGAUGUGUAUUUUAGUUUUUGCAUUGUAUUUUUAUUGUUUACUUAUAAGUGUAAAACUCUUUGCUAACUGAUGAUAUACUAAAAUAACGAAGGUAUUUUUAGUAUUGGAAUGUGUUUUUUUUUGCGGAAAGAUCGCACUUUUUAUUUAUCACUUUGAUCAGUCGAAUCUUUUAUACUCACAUAAGUACGAGUAUGUAUGCAGUUCAGUUUAUUUACAAUUGUUAGCUUAGUUUUUAAAGAAAGAAAUACUAGCAUUGUCCGGCUUUAUACUCGUAUUGUCUUUACGUCACAUGUUAGUUUAGUGAUGCGGAGUGUGUGGUAAUCAUUUUUUUUAAUCAGCAAUGUUCUUAUUUUAAUCGCUCUGAUAGCUAUGAUUAUAGUCCUAUUUUAAUUGCUUUGAUAGCUAUGAUAAAGUAUGGUUAAUUGACGUCUUGGCAUUGCAAGAGAUUUAACAUGUUUGUGCACAUUAGUUAAGCGAAGCGUGUUGUUGCUACAGGUGCUGGCGUAGUUCGAUGUUAUUUAUUUUUAUUUAGUUGCUGCCAAACAUUUGGCGGUCAGAUCGCACUUAAGAUGCAAUCGUGGUUACGUGUUUCAUUGUUGUUAUGGGCAUUUGGAUUUUUUCGUGAGUUUCGUCCAUCUGAACCGUUUGUUACCGAAUUUUUGAGCGGUCCGUGGCGUAAUAUCACUGCUGAGCAGGUUAAUAAAGAGAUUUAUCCAUUUGGUACUUACUCUGUGCUAGCACAACUUGCCAUCAUUUUCCUAAUAACGGAUAUUCUUCGCUACAAACCGAUCAUUAUUGUCUCCGCGUGCUCAGGCAUAAUACUCUACGCUAUUCUCUUGUGGACAGAUCAAAUAUGGGAGUUACAAGUGGGACAAGUAUUUUACGGCACUUUUACGGCUACCGAGGUUGCGUACUACACAUAUAUUUAUGCCAAAGUGGACAAGGAGCGAUAUCAGAUUGUCACCGGCCAUACGCGUUCGACAAUUUUAUGUGGAAAAUUUUUAUCUGCAGUUUUAGCGCAAAUUUUGGUUUCUACCGAAAUUAUGGAUUACAAGGGCCUGAAUUAUAUCUCAUUCGGUUCGCAUAUUAUUUCGCUUUUAAUCGCUAUACUUUUGCCACCGGUACGUAGAAGUUUGUAUUUUUACACAAAUCAAAGUAGUGAACCUACAGACUUUAGAGCAAAGCAGAAUUCGGUUACGAAUAAUAUACAAAAUGAAGUUUUAUCAAAAAAUGGAAUAGCUGCUGAUAUCACAACUACUUUAAGCGACAUAUCUACCGUAUCGCCGAAAUUUUCAUGGUUCAAUGCGUAUAAAUUAAUUGUGAAUCACAUGGUGAGUGCUUAUACUAAUCAAAACGUGAUUCGUUGGAGUUUCUGGUGGGCUUUUGCCACAUGCGGACAAGUUCAAGUGUUUUCUUAUGUGCAAAUUCUGUGGAAGGAAAUAGAUCCAAGUGACGAGAGUUUCUACAAUGGCGCGGUCGAAGCAAUUGCAACGCUUUUAGGUGCUGGCAGCGCUAUGUUCGCUGGAAUCGCUAACACUAGCCAUCAUAAAAAGUGGCAUAUGUGGAUAUUGACUGUCUGUUCGCUAUUUAUGGGGACUUUCAUAAUUAUUUCAUCGCUGACACAUUCUGUUUGGGUUGCAUAUGCUAUGUAUAUUCUUUUUGCUAUUUCAUAUUUCUUCGUUAUAACUACUGCCAGUGCGAUUGUGGCAGAAAAUUUGGCAGACGAUAGUUUUGGCUUGAUUUUUGGUAUUAAUACACUAGCUGCUCUUGUGCUACAGGCAAUUUUGACACUAGUAGUGGUGACUGAUACGGGUUAUGGUCUAGGCCCACGUGAGCAAUUUUUUGUUUAUGGCUGUUACUACAUUGUAGUGGCAAUUAUGUACUUUGGCGCUGUAUUCUUGCGAAUGUUGUUUAAGAAACCACCGCGUGUUUAGUACAAAACAAAAAAUAUAUUUUAACGCCCAAAAUUGUGUACUUAUUUCAAUAAAACAUAUAUAAUAUAACUUUACUACUGAAAUUAUUCCAAAAUACAUAUUUUCGCUAUACUUUUUAAAAACAACACAUACCUUGCAAUGGAAAGUUUUU